AUGGUUAUGGCACCAUCUGCCAUCGCCAUUGAUGAGAAAGAAACCACGAUUUUGAAUGACAGUAAAGUCAAUUACAUUGACAUUGACCACAAUCAUGGCGUUGAAUCCGAUGUGACGGGCUUUGCCUCCAAGGCGCUUAUCCAGAAAGUUCUCAAAGAGCAAAUUGCUCGUAUCAAUGUCGACACCUGUGAACCCGGUGAGGAAGAUGCGUUCUACGUGGCGGACUUAGGAGAGGUGUACCGCCAGCAUCUCCGAUGGAAACUGAACCUGGGCAGAAUCAAGCCCUUCUACGCGGUCAAAUGCAACCCCGACCGGGAAGUGCUUCGUCUUUUGGCCAAAUUGGGUACCGGUUUCGAUUGUGCGUCUAGGGCUGAGAUUGACCUGGUACUCGGCCUUGGCGUGCCUCCGAGCCGUAUCAUCUACGCUCAGCCGUGCAAAACCAAAUCGUAUUUGCGGCAUGCUCGAAAGGUCGGCGUGACUCAGAUGACCGUUGAUAACACCGAUGAGCUUCGGAAGAUCAAAGAGUGCUAUCCGGAUGCCGAACUGGUCCUUCGUAUCUUGACGGACGAUUCAGCCAGCCUGUGCCGAUUCAGUGCCAAAUAUGGUGCCAGCCUGGAUGACGCUCAAGAAUUACUCCGGCUCGCGAAGAAAUUGGAAUUGAAUCUCAUUGGUGUGAGCUUCCACGUUGGCUCUGGAGCGAGUGACCCCAACUCUUUUGGGAAGGCGGUCAAAGAUGCACGCAUCGUCUUUGACCAAGCAUCUGAGCUCGGUUUGGACCUCAAAAUGCUCGAUGUGGGGGGGGGAUUCGUCGAUGAAACAUUUGAGAUGUUUGCCCACAACCUGAACGAGGCACUAGAAGAGCACUUCCCACCUCAUAUCCGUAUUAUUGGAGAACCCGGUCGGUACUAUGCCUCCAAUGCCUUUACUCUUGCCACCAAUAUCAUUGCAAGACGUGAAGUCGCCAUUGAUCCUCAAGGUGGCAAGGGUUACAUGCUCUAUCUGAACGAUGGCGUCUACGGGAAUUUCUCCAACAUCAUUUUCGAUCACCAACAUCCGGUCCCACAAGUCCUCUCCGCCGCUUCGGCGGAUGAGAAACUGGUGGAGUACUCGAUCUGGGGACCGACUUGUGAUGGAAUCGAUGUCAUCAGUGACCGUUACUUUUUGCCCGGAGUCCUCGAUAUUGGAGAUUGGUUGUUCUUCGAGAACAUGGGAGCAUACACCAAAUGCUCCGCUACCAAGUUCAAUGGAUUCACGGAUGAUCACGAAGUCAUCUACAUCUCCAGCGAGCCCGGAGCCUCUGCCCUGCUUGGUUAUUGA